AUGGCUUCCUCGGGUUGCCUGCUCUUCGAGACUGUACAGAAGAAGUUCGACCGUAUCUCAUAUCCGCCUUAUCGAACACGUCAUGAAUUGACUUUAAAACCGAGAAUUUGGACUGGUGAUGAUAUAUUGCUGGGUCUUGGCUUCAAAUGGGAAAUGAAGCCAGAAGAUCCUCAAGUUAGGGGUUACGAGGACGAGGACGAUGAAGAAGAUAAUGGGUUAUUCGCUUUCGUCCCAGAAGAUGAUCUUUCUCAUCAAUUUGUUGAGGCUUUGCCUUUCAAUCUGCAUCCUGGCUCGGCCGAAAGCUUCACAUGGAUAAAAGAGCGGUUUGACAGAUGCCGACGCCACCAUACCAAAUGCCGAAAACGCGCCCGAGAGCAUCAACAAAGCCUGGCUAUGCCGAAGAGACUACUGAAUGUAGGUCAACUUGGUGACCCCUUCAUCGGGUUAUUGGAAGCAAGCGACGAUGCCAGAGUAUCCUUUGCUAUUGGCAGCUAUGUAUGGGGCAACGGCUUGAAAAAAAAUGCUAUACAACAAGCUCAAACGACCAAGGAAAACAUAGGCUACAGAAUGGCUUCUGGAAUCGAGGUAACAGGCCUACCAAAGAGUAUUCAGGACCUAAUUGAAGUCACGCGGCAGAUCGGUCUUCGAUACCUUUGGCUGGAUGCUCUCUGCAUCGUCCAAGAUGACACGGACGAUGCAAAGCAUCAAUUUAACUCAAUUGCUGAGUUUUACAAGCAGGCAGAUAUUCUAAUUUCAGCUGCAAGUGCUUCGGACUGCGGCGAGGGAUUUCUGCAAUCCAGAAUAGUUGAUCGUUGUUACGGCGCGAUCUUUGAGCUGCCUUACGAGUGGAAAGUAGAUGGCCACGAGAUUCAAGGAUCCUUGCUCCUGUCGGAAAUGGACUUGAACGGUUCCACAGACAAUGAUACUGUGCAUAAGCGGAUUUGGACAUUUCAGGAACAUCUCCUGUCAUCGCGGGUCAUCAGCUUUGGCUCUCGACAGAUCAAGUGGACAUGCCAACAAAAGAAGAAUAUUGUCGAUGGCGGCGAUUACUACGAAAUGGUGGAUGGCCUGGAGGAUAACCUCAAUACAGCAUUUUCCUCAUCUCGAUAUCCUUCCGAGACUUCGCCGGAAAAGAACUGCAGGGUUUGGAGUUGGAUGCAGAUCGUUGAGGAAUAUUCAAAGCGUGACUACUCCCGUCUAGAAGACAGGGUCCCGGCGUUUUAUGAAGCCAUAUCACUCUUAGCACUUCACAUGGGCUGGACAAGAGAUCAGUGCGUUUACGGGGUAUGGAAAACUGACGCCAGCCGUCAACUUUUGUGGAAGAAAGACAAGCCUCUGACUACUCAAGAGGUUGAGGAACUUGAAGCUGCUGAAAAGGAUGGAAAGCUUGGACCAUCAUGGUCUUGGGCGACAUUACCCAGCGGAGUUAUCUACGGUAUCGGCUCACAGCUUCGCCUUCUGGGCGAUACUGAUCCAACGAUCGAAUUCCAGAUGAUUGAUGGCCAACACCCUUGCCUCACGAUGGAGGGCUGUAUUCAAGAAGCCGACUGGAUUGAGAAUUAUACAACCGGCAUAUCAACCGAAGUUGUCCCGCUGUUUCAAGUUGAUCUGGAUGUCGAAAUGCCACCACAACCAGUAUUUUUGCUUGAUUUGUCCGCAUCCCAUAGACCACCAUUCAGCAUGGGGUUAGUUCUGGUUAAGAUUCCAGGAUAUCCGGCGCGUUAUAAAAGGCGUGGCCGUUUCGAGGCCAUUGAAGCUAACCCAGAUGGAUCACAUAUUCUCUUCUCAAACAAAGGUAAAUCAUUCGAGACAGUUACGAUAAUAUAG